AUGCCAGACAUCAAUCUUCUCUCCGCAGAUGCGGUAGCUCCUAGACUAGACUAUCUGUUGCGCCGCGCCCGUAUUGUCAAAGAGAGCGCAUCCGUAAACCCGCCACUGCAUGUUUCCGAACUUGUGCCAGAGAACGAGCCUCUUCUGGGCGAGAUCGAAGGCGGGAGUGCAGUGCGCGCACUUGCAGUCGAGAGCGCAGCGAAGAGUGUUUUCUAUGCCAAUCUCGGCGCCACUAGUAUCGAGGAGCCAGCCUUUGUAACCAUCUGGAACCUGCUGGAUAUUCUGCAAUAUUGUGGAGACCGAGACCUAUGUCAUCCACAGCUAGUCUUGUUGCUCAUCGAAGAGCUGCUCGACAGCCAGUCCAUCUCUGGCUGUCGCAUAGUAUUCAACUUCCUUGAAUCUAGGAGAGAGACCAUCAUCGCAAUCAACUCCAAGAAUAAAGACCUCGUCAUUUUGCGGUUAUGCAACGAGCUGCUCCGCCGACUGUCCCGCGCCGAAGACCCGGUCUUUUGCGGACGUGUCUAUAUCUUUAUGUUUCAGAGUUUUCCCUUGGGCGAUAAGAGUUCGGUAAACCUCCGGGGAAACUUCCACGUUGAGAACGUUACGACAUUUGAGGAUUUUCUAAAGGAACCGAAGACCGACGAUGAUUCGAUGCAAGUUGAUGCCGACGAUGCUGUUAUUACGCCUAAGGAAGAAUCCAAGUCAGAAGAGAAGGCUGUUGAAAAUGAAGAACCCGACAAGGACAAGGACGCGAAACCGGACACGCUUGACACGGACACGCUCUAUCCAGUGUUCUGGUCUUUGCAGCACUCUUUCUCCAAUCCGCCGAGGCUUUUCGAGGAGGAUAACUUCCAGCAAUUCCAAAAGAGCUUAGAGGCAACACUGGCCAAGUUCAAAGAAGUGCCAAAAGUGAUCCAAGCCGGAGACUCUGAGCGCAAAAGGGGCCAACAAACACGAGACGGAGAUGACUACGAUGCAUUUGCAAACUCUUUCAAUCCAAAGUACCUCACAAGCCGGGAUCUCUUCAAGCUCGAGCUCAGUGAUCUCGCCUUCCAACGUCACAUCCUUGUCCAAGCACUGAUACUCAUCGACUUUCUCCUGACCUUGACGGAGAAAUCCAAGAGUAAGCCCUUCUACCAGAACGCACAAAAGGCCAUGCAAUACAAUUUCACGCUCCGUGAAGAAGACACCGAGUGGGCAUUGGGCAUCAAGACGGCUAUUGUAAAUUACCUGCAGGAGGGCCCGGAUGGCAAAUUCUACUACCGGAUGGUGGACACCGUGCUUUCCCGCGACAAGAAUUGGGUAAGGUGGAAAAUGGAGAACUGCCAACCAUUUACUCGCGACCGAGUGGCGACGACCGACUUCCAGCAAGCCAAGUCUGGGGCACAGAAAGCUGUCGUCAGCAAAAAGGCAACCAGGCCCAUGGGUGUUCCCAGCACGUUGGACUUUCUAUACAACAAUGAAGCUGAGAAGGGACUCUCACAGCUGCGGCAGCGAAAUAGGUUCAAUGUGCCGAAGGCAGAGUCGUAUGCAAAGAAGGUUAAAAUGACCGAGUUGGAUCUGGACAUGGCUGAUGCGGAAGAGGAAAAGCGGCAAGUGGGGGAGAAGAAAUCAAGUUACGUCUGGCGCGGUCUUCGGCUGGCAUCAAAGACACAGCUAAGCUCGUUUGAUAGAAUCGAGCAUGGCAAAGGUCUGGAGGCUCUUCAGCCGGCGAGCUCUGCCAGUGAAGCGACGGGUGUUGAGGCAGCGCCCACUACUUCGGAUGAGCAGGGGCCAGUUCCGCACGAGGAGCAUCAGAGCGUCGAGGAGCAGCGGGCCGACCAACAAGGUCAAGUGACAGUAGAGGCAGCGGUGUCGACGUAG